AUGUACGCAGCCAACCGCGGCGCGCCAUCUUCCUCGCGCUCGCUCGGCGCACCCCAAACCUCCCUCUCCUCGUCCGUGUCGACCUCCGCAUCCCGCCUCGAAGUCCCCAUCGCGCCCAGGUCCGGCAAGUACCCGAGCAGGCUCAACUUGUACGAGAGACCGCCGCUGGAGGAGCUCACGCUCGAGGAGUUCGAAGUUUGGGCGAUUGACAGGCUGCGACUGCUCGCCGACAUCGAGUCGGCCCAGGCGCGCAACCGCUCCUUCAAGGACAUCAAGGAGAUUGUCGAGAAACGCGCGCAGGAGUACCUCCCUCUGCACCCCGACUCGAGCAAGACGGCCGACAUCGACAAGGAGCGCAAGAAGGAUCACUACUCGCACUUCAUCCUCCGCCUCGCAUUCUGCCGGUCCGAGGAACUGCGGCAACGCUUUUUAAAGGCGGAGAAGGAGCUCUUCCAUAUCCGGUGGGACUCGGACGACCCUUCAGAGCGACGACGCUUUGUCGACAGCCUCAACUUCGGCUGGGAAGUAGUAAGCGAAGAGGAGAAACAGGCGUUGUGGUCGCAACUGUCGACGGCGUCGGCGGGCGUGUCGUACAGCGAGUCGUUCUUCAAGGUCGACUGGACGAAGGUGACGGACCUCGUUGCGCGACGGAACGUCUUCCUCAAGGGCGGCAAGGCGUAUGUCCCGUCGUCGCAGGAGUAUUCGCUCGUCGCGGACGAGUUUGGCGCACGACUGGCGAGAGGGCUCGAGCUCACGGCGAAAGCUCUCCCUCGACUCGACGAAGACACACGCCUGAUCCCGAUCCUCUCGCACCUCUCGAUGGGCUUCAUGGCUGGCAUCACCUCGGAUUACACCUUCGCCUCUACGGCCGACGGCGAGGCUAUCACAGCGGAGAUGAUCCCCGAGCUGAGCGUGCAGAGUUUCCCGCUCUGCAUGCGGAACAUGCAGGAUGUCCUCAAGGCGAGCAGGCAUCUCAAGCACGAGGGAAGGCAGCAGUACGGUCUCUUCCUCAAGGGAAUCGGUCUGUCGGUCGAAGAAGCGCUCGCGUUCUGGCGCAAGUCGUUCUCGACCGUCACCGACGACAAGUUCAACAAGGAGUACCGGUACAAUAUCCGCCACAACUACGGCCUCGAGGGUUCGCGCAAGAACUACACGCCGAAAUCCUGCACGGCCAUCAUCACUGGUCCCGUUCCCGGCCCCGGCCAAGCGCACGGCUGCCCCUUCCGCCACUCCUCCGACCAAUCCCUCACCUCCCUCCUCCAAUCCACCCUCGGCUCCGCCCUCUCCUCCUCGGACCUCAAAGAGAUCCUCGCCGCAACGAAAGCAGGUCACUACCAUGUCGCCUGCACGCGAGUUUUUGAGAUCCAGCACGCGAAGUUGCCCGGUGGGAAGGGUGUCGAGAAGGGCGAGGGGUUGGGAGGGGGAGAUUCGGUCGACCAUCCGAAUCGGUACUUUGAUGCGAGUAGGAAGGUUAUCCGCGAGGCGAAGGACAGCGUGAAGAAGGAGGAGGAUGGAGCGGAGGGCGCGGAUGUCAAGCCGGCCGUGUCGGGGCGCAAGAUGGUCGGUGUGAAGAAGGAGGAGGCGAUGGACGUCGACACGUAA